CGUACAUCGAAUGUAUCAAUAUUAGUGUCGACUUUUCCGCAAAUGAUUAAAAGAUGUACAUUUGUAUUACACUUACGUGAGGAAUUUAAAUUACGAUGCAUAUGUGUCUUUUUAGAUUUUCUCGUUGACCCUAUCCAUGAGAAGUGCUAAAUCGUAUUAUCGGAGAUCUUUCUGUACGUACAACAGGGCAACAUUUAAGUCAUUAAGAAAACAUUAGAUAGGGAAGAUUGAAUUCAUGUUACAUGUAUAUGGCAUGAUGAUUUGAUAUGAUAUGAAGAUAUUUCCAUUUAAAAUCUUAAUAAUAUAUUUAAUGAUUUCAUAAUUUCGGGUCUAAUGUCGACAACAAAUAUGGCAGCGACAGAUGAUACAAAACUUGAUUUUAAAGUUACAAUGGAAUAUGCUGACCCUCAGAAUAUCGAAGGUGAGCUGACAGUAGGAGGCAAACAAAAAUCGAAUCUUGGAGAACCUGAAUUUAAUACUUUGGAUGAACCAAUCAGGGAUACAAUUCUCAGGGACGUCAGAGCAGUGGGCAGGAAAUUUUAUCAUGUUUUAUAUCCCAAGGAGAAGAAAUGCCUAUUGAAGGAAUGGGAUCUUUGGGGACCACUAGUAUUAUGUACAUUCAUGGCAAUGAUAUUACAAGGUUCUUCUGAUACAGCAAAUAAUUUUAAUGAUGGGGGACCAGAGUUUGCAGAGGUUUUUGUAAUCGUAUGGAUUGGAUCUAUGGUUGUUACAUUGAACUCCAAAUUAUUAGGUGGUAACAUAUCUUUUUUCCAAAGCAUUUGUGUCUUAGGAUAUUGCUUGUUGCCAACUGCCAUUGCUCUAAUUUUAUGUAGAAUCAUAUUAAUGGCAGAACAGACUACUUUCUUAUUUAGUCUAAGAUUUGUAAUUACCAUGAUUGGAUUCAUGUGGGCAACAUAUGCGUCCAUGGCAUUUCUUGGCGACAGUCAACCGAUAGGAAAGAAAGCUUUAGCUGUGUAUCCAAUAUUUUUAUUCUAUUUUGUAAUUUCCUGGUUGGUUAUAUCUCAUACUACAUAAAAUAGAUCGUAAGAUGAUGAUGAUAAGAAGACUGUACAUUGCCCUAUAUUUGUGCACAAGAGAAGACAGAAUUUAAAAAAUCGAGCAAAUCUUGCUUACAGUGUACGUUGAAAUUCGCUAAAUUUAAGCAUAUGUCACGUGUCAAGAGUUGUAGAUAAAACUUAUUACUGUAGAUGCGUAUGUUAUUUAUUAUUAUACAGUUUAGAGAAUCAGAACUUUGUAUGUCAAUUAUAAUUAUACGUACGUAUAUAACAUUAAUGUAAGCAUAAAAUAAUGAAUAAUACUUAAGUAAAUUAUU